AUGCCCAAGAACGUCACCCCAACGGUCGCCCGUCAAGGAGGCAGGCGCCAUAACCCCCUCGAGGAUGAUAUUGUUGCCACCGGCGUUUUGCGCAAUAAGCCUGGCAAGAGAAAAGCGAAGAGUGGAGAGGACGCCGACGAGACCUUUGUCGAUUCCAAGGCAUCCAAGAAUAUCCUGCGGAUAGGCCGCGAGCUGGAAGAGGAAGAAAACUCCGAGAGGGCGGCCUUGGCGCCGAAGGCCACGGUCGAUACAUUCGGAUACGACUCUCGCUUCGACGACGCCGUCGAAGACGGGCCAAAGACCUACGACGACGACGAAGACGGCUGGGGGGACGAGGAUGAGGUGGUCGAGGAGAUCGAGGUUGACCCCGAAGACCUUGAGACGUAUAAAAAGUUCUUGCCCGAUGAAGAGGAUGAUUUGUUGAAGCACGGUUGGGAUCGCAAGCCGUCGGCCGACGACCAGCCGGAGGGCGAGAGCCGCAACCUGGCCGACCUCAUCCUCGAAAAGAUUGCCGCCCACGAGGCUUCCGAGGCAAGGAAGGAAGCCGGUCUCCCCACCGAUGACUACGAGCUUCCGCCCAAGGUCGUCGAGGCCUACACAAAAAUCGGGCAGAUCCUGUCGCGAUACAAAUCGGGGCCGCUUCCCAAACCCUUCAAAAUCCUGCCCACAAUCCCCCACUGGGAGGAUAUUCUCAGCAUCACCAACCCCGAGAAAUGGACGCCCAACGCCUGCUUCCAAGCAACUAGGAUCUUCGUCUCUCACAAGCCGUUUGUCGUCCAGCGAUUUCUCGAAAUGGUCAUUCUGGAAAAGGUGCGCGAGGACAUUUACGAAACGAAGAAGCUCAACAUCCACCUUUUCAACGCGCUCAAGAAGGCUCUCUACAAGCCCGCCGCAUUCUUCAAGGGCUUCCUCUUUCCCCUCAUCGGAAGCGGCACCUGCACCCUGCGAGAAGCACACAUCAUCUCGGCCGUCUUGACUCGCGUUUCCAUCCCUGUGCUUCACUCCGCCGCCGCUCUCAAGGGUCUGUGCGACAUCGCCGCCCAGGAGGCGUCCCAGGGGAGCGAGGGCGGUGGAGCGACCAACAUCUUCAUCAAGACGCUUCUGGAGAAGAAGUACGCCCUGCCGUACCAGGUCAUCGACGCCCUCGUCUUCCAUUUCCUCCGCUUCCGCAGCGUCGACCCCGCAAGCGUGCUGCAGGGAGAUGACGUCGCCAUGGAGCUUGCCGAAGGCGACGUGAAGACGAAGCUGCCCGUCAUCUGGCAUCAAAGUCUGCUGGCGUUUGCGCAGAGGUACAAGGGCGACGUCACGGAGGAUCAGCGCGAGGCACUGCUGGACCUCCUCCUCAGCCACGGCCACUCGGCCAUCGGUCCCGAGGUCCGAAGGGAGCUGUUGGCCGGCCGAGGUCGCGGCGUGCCCCUCGAGUCGCAGGAUCUGGGCCUCGAUGGAGAUGACACCAUGGUCAUCGACUCUUGA